AUGCCCAUUCUAGAGGCUAUUAGCAUAGGCGAUGGCAAAACCAAGUCCAUGGUUACCGAAUACGGAUCAAUCACGGAGGCACAAGUCAAAGCCCAUGCGGCGAUAUAUCAAAAGGAGGAUAAUAGGAAAAGGCAAGCGGCUUCCAUGCUUGAAGCACUAGUUGCAAACAGUCUGGAACCCGACGUAUACGAUGAACUCGAACAAAGGGAGGACAAGUACACUAUCGAUGUCGUACCAACUGGAGGGACAGAUUCAGUUUCCAGAAUCGAUGGAGUAAUGAUUUUUUACCAAUUAAUCCAAAUGGUAUGUGUAGACACCAAAGCAACCGUGUCUAACAUACUUGAUCUAUUGUCACGAGCAGGCUUAGUUCAAGCCAUGGCUGAUGCCGAAUCAGACAUCCAACUAUUCAAUAGAAAAGUGAAUGGACUCAUAGCAUCACUCAAGUCACGACAAGCGGGCAUACCCCAUCUGAUCGCCCCGUUAUUCAAGGCGUACCAGAAGUGCGAAGAUAAAGCAUUCGCACAGUACUUCGCGAGGAAAGAGGAGUUGUAUGAAGAUGGUUCCCUCAUUGGGCUGAAAUAUUCAGUUCUGAUGAGAAUGGCAAGUGAGCGGUACAAGAUCAUCAAGGACAAAGGCGAAUGGAAACCGGAAACGAAAGAGGAGCUGGACUUCAUGGCACUGACCGCCAAGCUGGAAGAAAGGCACAAGAAGCAGCUAACACAACAACCCAUCCAAGGACAACGUCAAGGUGGCAGGGACAGGCAAGGUCCCAACAACACUGGAGAAUGGGCUUGGAAAGGAGUGGCCCCGAAAGAAGGGGAGCCAGUGGAAAAGAAGUUCAGAGGCAAGCAAUACAUCUAUUGCCCCCAUCAUGGAUCGACCAAGUGGGUGCUCAAGAUCAACAGACAAGGCGUUGUGCAUGCCACGAACUGCCGAGCUAGGCAGAAGGAGGAAAAGCCAAAGAUAGCCAUGUCAGCCACUACCGACGAGGGCUCCACGACUGAAGGCAGCGAUUACACGCCAACCAAAAAGGAGCUACUCAUGGCACAAGCACUAGCAGCAGUGAUAGAGGGUGAUGACUGGCCAGACACACCAGAGGACGAAGAGCUACACACCUCGAAAAGGGGAUGA